UUGAAGAGAAAAAAUUUGUUUCAUUUCGUUCUCGCGUUGGGCAGCAAAAUCCUCCUGCAAAAUUUUUAAUUUUCAAUAAGAAAUACCUAAAAUUUAGACAAAAUACAAUCAAAAAGUGAAUAAUCAAUGUGUGCGCUAGUGAAAUAUUAUAAAAAGUGUUCAAAUUUAUGGCGAAAUAGUGGUUUUCCGGCAAUACGAAAUUUCUCAAAAAAUCAAUGACAGCAAAAAAGCAGCGGAGCACCAACAUCAGCAAGACCAGGAGGAGCAAAAGAAUAGCGGGAGGAAACAGAAAUCGUCGAAGUAAUGGGAGGAUGAAGAAGAAGCAACGAACAGGCAAGUAGUUAAGCAGCAACCAGCGAAAUCAGACAGUGAACCAGUCCGCCAGCGGCAACCAGCACCGAAAACAACAACAAUUACAUAUAAUAAACGUUUUUUUUUUCCUUUCGCGUUUGUGUGAUUUAUUUUUAUUUUUUGGAUACCUCUGUGCCAAUGAAUGAUGGUUUUUGGCUGGUGAUGAAGAAUAAUACGAAAAAUAUCCAAAAAAGUAAAUAUGACAAUAAAGAAAGGUUUAUAAUAAAAGAAAACGAAGCAAAAUUUGGAAUGGUGUUGUCGCUGCAUUGCUGAUGAUGCUGCAGAAGCUGACGUCGACGACGACAGCGGCAGCGACAGCGACAGCAGGCAGCACUUGUGGCAAAGUGAGCAGUGGAAGCAACAUAAACGGAAAUAUCUUCGUCAGUAGUGAUUGCUCAAUGCAAAUUAAAAGUUAAUUAGUGUAAAGAAGAAUUUGUUAAAUUCAAAAACGUAAAGUGAAGAAAGAAAAGCACAUAUUUAGUACAAUCUUACAAUGGCAUUGAAAUAGUGAUUAGAAAUAGAAAAGAAAUCGCGAAUCAAUUCCAUAUGUCUUGGUUGAACAGUUAUUGGGCUUUUUAUAUAAAAAUUAAACCGACGAACAAUUAUUUCGAUAUUAAAAAACUAUUCGGUGGCCAGUUGAGAAAAAACUGCCCAAGUUGAGGCAAGGUUACAGCACAAAAUUGGCACAGGAUAUUAAACGAAAUGAACCAAACGGCAAUGGCGGUAAAAAAGAAAUUAUUCGCCGAACGUAAUAACCGUGAAAUGGUUAGCCGAAAAAUCGAUUGAAAUACUCAUAUUAGUGACCCUGAAAAAGGAACAUACACACAUUUGCGAUAUACAAAAGGCAAUAUUCCAACCAUCACAGUGCAACUACAAAUAUGGAUGGACAAAGAGCGCGCGAUAUUUUAACCCUUCUACAAGAACGUGUCGUAUGUCUCACUGGUGGGAGGGAUAGACGUGGUGGGCCCUUACUCUGUUUUCCCGCAACACCUAAACGCGAUCGUCUAAAACCGGAAGAUUUGCGGCGUUUGUUGAGCUACUUGAUUAUGAUACCAAGCGACUCGGCGAAGAACCUCGGCUUCACGGUUAUCAUUGAUAUGCGAGGCAGGAAUUGUUCAACCAAUCUAAAGACAAUACUCAAAGUGCUGCAGGAGCAUUUCAGUGCUAACAUACACAACGUUGUGCUCAUUAAACCAGAUAAUUUCUGGCAAAAGCAACGUGCUUCAAUAUCGACAAAUAAAUAUAAAUUUGAAACAUCGAAUAUAUCUAUCGAAGCGCUACACAAUGCCGAAUCUCAUCAGUUGACUUCGGAUUUUGAUGGCACCCAGCCGUACGAUCAUCAACAGUGGACUGAAUCGCGUCUGGCAAUCGAAGAUUUCUUUUGGCAGGCCAGCGAUAUGGCUGAUCGCAUAGACGAUCUGCAGGAAGACUUGCAGCGCAACGACUUUGCCGAGGAUGUGAAUGGCGCCAAGCAUUCGCUCGAUCAUCACAACGAAAUGAAGAAGAAAAUACAAAAUCUGCCCAUUGAAGAUUUGGAAUUGCAAAGUAAGAAAUUGCUAGCCAAAAUAAAUAAGAAUUCAGGUGGUGCUGUGCCAGGCAGACAGCCCUGUGUUGGCACUGGCGCUGACUGUGGCGGCAGCGAUUCCGGCACUUCAACGCAGACGCAAAACUCUUCACCAGCUUUUCGCGCUGCCACCAACAAUCCCGACAUGGCCGCAGCUGUCAACAAAGCGCUGCGCCAAGUAGACCUCAUACGGAAUGGCCAACAGCGUCUACUUACGUUGUGGCAGCACAAGAAAUCCAAAUUGGAUCAGUGUUUCCAGUGGCGGCUCUUCGAACAAGAUUGUGAAAAAAUGUUCGAUUGGAUUUUGCACAACCGCGAUGUCUUUCAGAUGUCAUAUGUCGAUGGGCAUAACUAUUCUGUGGCCAAAUCGCUACAGGAUGAGCAUCAGAAAUUUGCUGUCGCUUCAAUGAAUGUAUCAGUCAAUAUAGAUCGCAUACUAGCUGUAGCUGCACGUCUGAUCGAGAGCCAGCAUUAUGCCGCACAGCACAUUAAAACGCUAGCCACGCGUCUUGAUCGCACUUGGAAAGACUUUGCCGCUGGGCUGGAUGAGCGUACAGCAGUGCUGCAGUUGAGUGUGCUCUUCCAUCACAAGGCGGAGCAAUAUUGCAAUAGCGUUGCCUCGUGGGCAGCAGCCUGUCAAGCAUCACAACCGCUUCCAUCAGACAUUCAGAGUCUGGAGACAGCCAUACGCACACAUCAGUCACUGUACGAAGCGAUGUGUCAGGCCUACACCGAAGUGCACUCUACCAGCAAAAAACUACUUUACCAACUGGAUCAUCUGGUGCAGGUGUGCAACCAACCACCGCCACCUGGUGUACCCGAUCACCGCAAGAAUAGCAGCUUUAAUAAGUACGAACGUCAGAACCCGGCAGCUGAUUAUAGUGAGGGUGCUUCUCAUGUGCUUGCCGUCAUCCACCAAAUACUCGGUCAUCAUCGUUCGUUGGAGGCGAAAUGGCACCAAGAGAAAAUAAGAUUGCAUCAAACUUUGGCGCUACGCCUCUUCCAGGAGGAUGUAAAACAGGUACUCGAUUGGUUGAAAAAUCAUGGUGAGGUCUUCUUGCGCAAGAAUACCGGCAUAGGGCGCAAUUUGCAGAAGGCGCGUGUUUACCAAAAGUCCCAUGAGCACUUUGAAAAUGUCGCGCAGAACACUUACAGCAACGCCGAAAAACUGCUCUCUGCAGCGGAUGAGUUGGCGCGCAGUGGCGAAGCAGAUCCGAACGAGAUUUACUCAGUAGCACGCGAGCUGGAGCUGCAAGUGGCCAGUUUCGCUGAACGCGUUGAGCAGCGGCGCCGGCGCUUGGAAAUGGCUGUCAUAUUUUACACGCACGAAAAGGAGGUGACUGCUUGGAUCGAUCAAUUGCGCACCGAUGUUUCCACUGACCAAACAAUGCUCUCUCAAGAGAAUCUCGAAGGCAUUGAACGUCACCUGCAGCAAUUUCGUGAACAGCAGGAGAGCACGCUGAAAGGUUGCAUGCAGACUAUUGCUCAAGGUGAAGCCCUACUGCAGGAAAUGCGUUCACUUGAGUAUGAUGAAAAUAGCGUAUCCAUAUCGGGCCUGGAAACCACUUUGGAGAAAUUGACAAAACAAAAAGUGGAAUUGGAGGAGCUGUGGUCUGCGCGCCAAUAUCGCGCUGAUCUAAUACUCCGUUUACGUUACUUCGAACGUGACGCAAUGGAGUUAUCAUCACAAUUGGAAAUUUGGUCGGAGGAGCUGCAGCAUGCCGACUUGUCGCGUGACUAUCAAAAGGCGGAGCAAUUGAUACGCAUGCAUAACGACUCUGUAACCGACAUACAGAACACAACUUACGAGGUGCUACAACAGGGACAAGAUUUGCUUCAAAUGUUCGAAACUGCUGGCAUCAUUUCGAUGGCAGAUGCUACACACACAGCGCAGGCGCGCAUACAGUACCUCCUGGACUUUUUGGGUGAACGUGAAAUUGACCUUGAGGAACUGUCUGAGGCGAAGCGCGCGAAGCUGGAACAAGCUGUACAGUUGUGCCAGUUUCAAAAUGAUGCCAAUCAAGUAAUAUCGUGGAUACGUAAUGGUGAAGCAAUGCUGGUUGCCAGCUUUGUUACGCCAAAUAGCUUACAGGAGGCAGAGCAGCUGCGCAAGGAACACGAACAGUUUCAGGUCGCCAUUGAGAAAACACACACCUCAGCCGUGCAAGUGAAAUAUCGUGCCGAUGCUCUCAUUAAUGCCAAUCAUUACGAUCCCCAAUCGAUACGUGAAAUUUCCGACGAUGUCACCAAGAAGUGGCAACAGUUGGUUACCUACGCUGAAGAGCGUCACAAACUAGUUACCGCCUCAAUGAAUUUCUACAAAACCGCCGAACAAGUGUGCUCCGUGCUCGAUAGCUUGGAACGUGAGUACCGACGCGAAGACGAUUGGUGUGGCGGUGGUGGCUCUAGCGACAAAGCGCAAACCAUUGUGCAAUUGAUUUCGAAGCAUCAGGAACAAAAGGAGGCAUUCCUCAAAGCGUGUACACUUGCACGUCGUACCGCCGAAACAUUCCUUAAAUAUGCAAAUCGUUCACAACAGUACUACAAGUAUCAGACGCAGGGUAAUUGCGAGACACAUGUUCGCACCAUACUCGACAAGUUGUUGACUCAGGAAAAUCAGGUGCUUGAAUUUUGGACACAACGCAAGAAGUCGCUGGAUCAGUGUCAACAAUUCGUGCUGUUUGAGCGUAGCGCAAAGCAGGCAAUCGAAUGGAUACACAACACCGGCGAGGCAUAUCUCUCGUCACGCACGAAUCUCGUGGGUAAGACCCGCGAAGAGACCGAAGGUCUGCUCAAAGAGCAUAACGAAUUUCGCGGUACCGCGAAGGAAACGCGCGAGCGUGUAAAACUGCUAAUACAGUUGGCCGAUAGUUUGGUUGAGAAGGGACAUGCGCAUGCUAGCGCCAUUAAGCAAUGGGUGGCGUCCGUCGAUCAAAGAUACAAGGACUUUAGUAAUCGCAUGGACACUUAUAGAGAACAGUUGGAGAAGUCACUAGGCAUGGCAAAAGCUCUGCCUGCUGAGUCGGAUGCGAAUUCUUCUAUUAGCUCUGCUUCCGGUUCCACAACUGAUCGCCACUCAGAUCCUUCACUGGAAGCCAAACUCACCACAUCGUCAACAGCCGCAUCGAAAGAAAUUAACGAAGAAAAACGUAAAUCGGCACGUAGAAAAGAGUUUAUUAUGGCCGAAUUAAUGCAGACUGAACGUACCUAUGUAAAAGACUUGGAAACGUGCAUCAAAUGCUUCCUUGAAGAGUUUCGCACUGGUCUGGGUGUACCAGCAGCAUUGGCCGGCAAAGAGGAUACCCUCUUCGGCAACAUACGUGAAAUUUACAAUUUUCAUCAAAAAAUCUUUCUACGCGAAUUGGAAAAAUACGAAACUAUGCCCGAAGAUGUUGGUCAUUGCUUUGUCACGUGGGCAUCAAAAUUCGAUAUGUAUGUUUAUUACUGCAAAAACAAACCAAUUUCGAAUAAUUUGAUGGUACAACAUUCGGGCACUUAUUUCGAUGAGCUACAACAUCGACACAAAGUUGAGCAUCCAUUGCCUGCGUUUCUAAUCAAACCAGUGCAGCGCAUUACAAAAUAUCAAUUACUACUUAAAGAUUUGCUCUCUUGUUGUGAGGAGAGUCAUGGUGAAAUCAAAGAGGGUUUGGAAGUAAUGCUAAAUGUGCCGAAGAAGGCGAAUGAUGCAAUGCAUUUGUCAUUGUUGGAGAACUGUGAUGUACCCAUAGAUAAUUUGGGUGAGGCAGUGCUGCAGGAUGCAUUCCAAGCUUGGGAUACCAAACAAUUGAUACGCAAGGGGCGUGAAAGGCGUGUAUUCUUAUUCGAAUUGUAUUUACUCUUUGCCAAAGAGGUGAAGGAUUCAAAUGGCUCUGUAAAAUAUCAAUUCAAGAGCAAACUCAUGACAACCGAUAUGGGCAUCACCGAACACAUUGAAGGCGAUGAAACUAAAUUCGCUGUGUGGACGGGACGUUCACCUAUGCUCUCUGAUUGCCGCAUCGUUUUGAAGGCGAAUAGCCUGGAAACCAAACAGGUUUGGGUCAAGAAAAUGCGUGAAGUAAUGCAAGAAACCUGCUUUUCGGGCACAUCACUUACGCUACCUAAGUCACCAGCAAAGAAUUCAGGCUCAUCGCAACGUUCAUCACGUGAUCUAGAUGAACCAUUGACGGAGAACGAUCAUGAUCGUUGUUCACUGGCCAGUUUCGGUUCCGGCAAUACCACAGAUAGUGACAAUAAGAUUGGUAGCCACGAGGGCACUUGGGUGGUCGCUGAUUACAUUGCAACACCCGGCUCCAAUGAGUUGAGUGUAACUAAAGGGCAACAAGUUGAGGUUGUGGAAGCACCCUCAGCCGCCGAGCCAGAUUUCUGUUUAGUACGCCUAAAUCCACAAAGUGACGAUGCAGCCGUACAGGAAGGACUGGUGCCUGUUUCAAUACUUAAACCAUCGCCAAGCGCACAGAAGAACAGUUCGGCGCGCAAGGAAACAAACGAUGUGAUGCAGGAGCAAAGUAACAAUCGCGGCAAACCGGAUCCGUUGACUUCAUCAACAAAGCGACGUGGUUUUAGCGGGCCAAAAUGGUUUCCACUACGAAAACAUUCACAAAACAAGAACGAGAAGACGCCAGCCGAUAAAAUACUUACAAAGAAAUCCUCAGAAAAGAGCUUAAGAUUGACACAAAAACAAACGGAGCAGGAUGAUAAGAACCUUGUAACUUCGGCCACAGCAGGCAGUCGAAGCCACUAUGGCACAUCGGCGGCGUCAUCACAGGCCAAUGCCGCACAAGCCGAUUAUGAGGCCGAGGAAGAAGCUGGUUUAGAACUACCACCACCGAUGAAACCUUUACAGGAGCCACACUUAAUGGCAAACGGUCCGCCAGUAUUUGCCAAGGAUCUCAAAGAGAAUUCCAAAAACUUGGCAAGCGCUGGCAAAAUGGAUGGAAAUCCCGCCGUAGAUUUAUCGGAAAUUGAGCAAAUUGUCAAAGAGAAAACGGAACAACACGAGGAGAAAUCAAAAAUUUUAAAACCAAACGCAAACAAUUGCAGUAAUAGCAAUGCUGAUGUUUGUGCCAGCAACGGUUGCAACACAGUUGGUGAGAAGACAGAUGCCACAGAUAAUUACGAUAACAGCAACUUAUAUAAUCAUGAGGAGCGUAACACAGAAAACAGUGAUAUUGAAAGCGCGCUUAGAAAGCGUCAAUACGCAAUNUAA